AUGGCUCCCAAAAUCCUCAAAGACGGCACCGUGCUGUCCUUCGACACAUCAACCCAGUCGAUCAAAGUCCUCCGGCGCGCCUCCAUCCUCAUCGUGGACGACCGCAUCGCCGCGAUAGAGGAGAACAGCGAUGACCUCCCCGCUCCACCCGGCGACGUCGAGAUCGUUGAUGUCGCGGGCAAGAUCAUCUCGCCGGGCUUCGUGAACACACACGUCCACGUCUGGGAGUCUGUCUACCGCUCCAUGGGGCCCAAUACCACCCUGCCGCAGUAUAUGGGCUGGGCAGGUCACAUGGGGCAGUUGGUGCCUGUGGCCUUUACGGCGGAUGAUAUCUACAUCAGUUCAUUGCAGGGGUAUAUUGAGGGGUUGAAUGCCGGUGUUACGUCUGUUGUUGAGCAUGCGCAUAAUAAUUGGUCCAGGGCUGUUAUGGAAGAGGGAUAUAGGGCUGCGGUUGACAGUGGGGCGAGGGUUUGGUGGUGCUACGAUGUUAUGGAGAGAGAGGGUUUCUCGGCCCAUGAGCAGUGGGAUGCUUAUGGUCAGCUUGUGAGGGAUAAGAGUGCGCUUGUUUCUUCGGGGCUCUCUUUGGAUGGGCUUGGUUGGGGGAUUCUGAAUGGGGAUGGGAAGGCUGUGGAUUUUAUACGGGGGAAGAAGGCCGAGUUGGACAUCCAGGCCCUCACUGUGCAUCACUGCGGCGGCCCGUGGCCCCAGGGCAAUACCUCUCCAACCAGGAUCUGCGCCGACAACAACCUCUACGAGGCAGAUCUUCCAAUCAUCUUCUCGCACUCUCCUUUCCUCACCGACUCCGACAAGGAAAUGCUGCGCGAGCAUAAGGUCUUCAUCUCCAUUACCCCCGAGUCCGAAUGCCACUACGGCAUAGGACAGGAAACCGGCCACGAGAUCUCGGACCAGGCAUCCUUGGGAAUUGAUACGAAUUGGACCUUCUCUGGCGACAUUAUCGGCCAGGCCCGACUGUGGCUACAGCUCACGCGGCUACGACAAUACACCAAGACUUUGCACACCGGUCUGCUGCCCAAUGCGAAUCCCAUGGCAGUUGAGCAGGCAUUCCUCCUGGCUACACGCCAGGGUGGCCGGGCGCUAAGACGAGACGACAUCGGCGUCAUUACCGUCGGCGCCAAAGCAGAUCUUGUGGUGUUUAACGGCGACAGUCCGAGUAUGCUUGGAUGGAGUGACCCGAUAGCUGCGGUUAUACUCCACGCCAAUGCUGGGGACAUCGAGCAUGUCCUUGUGGACGGGGAGUGGAAGAAGAAGGAUUUCAAACUGGUUAGUCUGCCAAUGGACUGGAAGGACUUGCGCACCCGGUUCUUGGAGUCUUCGAGGCGCAUCCAGCCGCAAUUUGCGGUGCCGCCGCCUCUGCCGGAGAAAUUCUGGGGCACUGGGCGGUUUGGCGAUGUGGAAUCUGUUAGCACUAUCUACGAACGCUAA